AUACAUGUUUACCUCUGUGCUUGAUGGUAUAACAGAGCUCCAACAUUGGCAACAUUUAGUCAGUAUCACAGCAUUAAAACAAUAUCUGGAGUAGACUGGACAUAAUAGGAUCCCCAUUCAAAAUGAAGUUCCUCCGUGUUCUUUGGCUUUGGAUGUUUCUGUCAGAAUUCAAUUCAAGCGCUGGUGAAAUUUCUAGACGGGGAUACAGUGAAGGAAACAUCACAAUUACAUGUUCCCACAGCUGGGCUUCAACCAACAAUAAGUAUUUCUGCAGAGAUCCUUGUGGAAAGCGUGAAAUACUUGUGAAGUCUCACCAGACAUCUAAAGGGAGAUACACACUGAAGGAUUUUGGCAAUGGAAACUUUGCCGUGAACAUCACUGAUCUACUGGAGUCAGACUCUGGGAUUUACUGGUGUGGAGUGGAUAGAGUUGGUCCAGACACAUUUCAGAAAGUCAAACUGAUAGUAUCUAAAGCCAAAACUGGAAACAGGGAAGAGGUGACUCAUCAAGUGACAAUGGAAACACAGACAAGCACGGAAAUGCACUCGACUAAACCAAGACUCUCUGUUUUCAUAUCUUCAACCACUAAGGACAGCACACUCUCACUGACAUCAACAGGUGCUGAACACAAAAACUCAUCCUCGAUUGCCCAUAUAUUCCCAGUGUCAGAACAUUUUAUUCCUUACGCUGCCGCUGGUCUGGUCAUCAUGUGUGCAGUUGGACUGGUCACUGUCUUUCAUUGCAGAAAGAGAGUCAAGUCAAGUUGUAAUCUUGAUAGAUCUAUGUACAAUUCCCAUCACAGCGAGGAGGCUAAUGCUGUUUAUCAGAACACUCCUGAUGACAGACACUACAUCACCAUGAAGAUGUCCAGUGACAAGUCUAAUGAUGAAAGCCAAUCAGACCCAAUCUACCAGAACCUACAGUGCAACACAACCCUGGGAGAGGAUGUAUAUGGCAAUCUAUAAAACAUAUUAAAUCCAAUAUCCUCAAACCCGAACACAUUCUACAUUACAAGCAUGGCACAGGUUUGUCCGGACAAUUUCAGUCAACAACAUUUCUGAACAGUAUAUAGCAAAAACUCCUUGGAAGAAAAACAAAACCAAAUGUACAGGUCAAGGUUCAAAAACACAUCACUUGGAAAUAUGAUCACGCCAUUAUUUGUAUAAAUAAAUAUCCCUUUUGCAUGUAGAGUUUGCAUGCGAAACAGAAAUGAAGGGUUGCGAUGCUACUAGGUUGUUUCAUUUUAAAUUGACAAAUGUGUUGGGUUACUAUUCCUUUAAUGAACCCCAAGACUAUCCUGAGGUUAAGAGAAAGAGUUAAGGGUUCCAUAAUACUGUAUAUGAAACUAAAAACAGUAUUCAUCAAUCACACUAACCUGUUCAGAUAGUUUUAAGUUCUGUCAUGUCAGCCACCGUUUUGAACAGCUGACACCUGAUGGAAGACUCUGAAAUCACUGAAGUGUUUGUACCUUUUUAUUAGCAGAUGUAAUAUAGCAAUGCAUUCUGUAAAAGUGAGUUUUGUCCACAGCUGAGCAGAUGUGACGACUCUCACUUUGAUUAACAUGGCACACGUGUGUUCAUGUUUCUGCAGUGUGCUGGUCUUGAAUUAAAUACAGGUAAAUAAAAGCCUAUGUAUUUUACUAUGCGAAAUGAUGUAUGCUGCGACUUGAACGAGAAAGAA